CGUGUGUAGUAUCAGCCAGAGGUCCCCUCAUUUGCGAACCAUUUGUGAUUCCUUCCACAUUGUCAUUGACAUGGCAAAAUCAACUCGAUCAAAAGUAAAGCGCUCAUUCAGAGCAAAAAAACGCGAUGAAGGUGUAUAUGCAGCAACUGAGGCUGCACGUCUCCAGAGACUCCAUUCUAAAUUGACGGCGAAAAUUGAUGAUGGAGAUGAGGAAUUAGCAGAACCGGUGGAAGGUGAUGCUGCACAAGAUGAUUCUACGGCACCAGAUGCCAUGGAACUCGAUGAUUCCGCAAAAUCGUCAACAACAAAACCAUCGCGCAUCUCGACUCACGGUCCAAGGAACUCGCGAAGGGAGGAGUGGAGAAAGUCAAAAGGCAUGACGCCUGUACCGAAGUCGACGAGAAUGAACCGCCAGGGACUACCAGCAGCGCGGCGGAAGUCUGGGCGCCCGUCACGUCGGCGAUGAUGCGUGGUUAUUGGCGUACGACCCUAUGUCUUUUCAUCAGGUUACCUUACUUAUCGCCGUGCCAUCUGUAUACCGCCACAUAUCCAAAAGCAUUAUACUUGCGAUAACAUAACUCGAGGUCCAUCUCCACACUAUCUGAGUCACAGUAUAUACAUACUAAACAAUUAGGGCGGAUGAACCUAUUUGAUUACAGAUAUUUCUCCUACAUUUGCAAAUUGCAACUUUCGAACUAGAAAAUUCCAGGGUAAC